AUGGGGUCGGAACUCGGAAUCACCCCAGAGAGCAAACCGCAGGCUGUAUACACACCGGUGAGCAUAUGGUGGGCAUGCUGGGCCGGCGUGUGGACGACCGCCGUCGUGCUCGGUAUGCUCUAUCUCAUCGCCAAUCGCAACAUGCCGACUCUCCGAAUUCGAGGCCUUGGUCUGUCGCUAUCAGCAAUUGUACUGCUUCAUUUGUAUUGGGCAUCCGUCCAAUUCGGAGUUAUGAUUGGUCCCAUCAUGCCGGGAGACGCCCAGUACUGGAUCAUGGGCACUUAUUUGCCCUGCGGAAUUGCCCUUUUUCACGCUUCUAACAGUCGUUUCCUGCACGUCGCAAAGCAUCAGCGGAAAUAUGCCCACCAUGAUAGCCGUAUCACUGAGUCUGUGCCCGAGGCGAAGCCCAAAGGCGGUUUGUUUGCCCGCUUCCGUCAACUCGAGUAUACGAAAAGGAUUGUCAUCCUCGUUUCUAUUGCAAUGGUCUUUCAAAUAUUCCUCACUGUCCUGAUGUGGGUGAUUUCUCGCAAGUGGCACAGCUCUUGGGGAAUUCCCGGCACCGAGGUUACCGGUACUCCGAUGGAGCAAGCGACGGAACAGGGCCGAGGUUGGGAAUGGUGGGCCACCGUGUUUGGGCAGUUCUUUUGGGCCUGGAUUGUUGCUCCCAUCGUGCUCUGGAAGUCUCGCCAUAUCCAUGAUACCCAAGGCUGGCGAGUCCAGACGAUUGGCUGCGCUCUCGCUAACCUCCACGGCACCCCGAUGUGGCUCAUCGCUCUCUACGUUCCUGCCAUGGAAGUGGUCAACCAGUACUGGAUUCCUCCGCAGUGGAUUUGCCUGUCCAUUUGGAUCAUGGAAAUUUUCACUGUCUUUCUCCCCUGCUGGGAAGUAAUGCGCCACCACGCCCUUCGCCAGGAGACAUUCAACGCGAUCGAGCAGUGGGAAUCAAAAAUGAAGAAAUCUGGUUCAGAAGCCAGAUCUCUCAGCUCCGUCCCGACCAUGGUCGAUUCCAUGAUGUCCGGAUGGAAAUCCACCAACGGCUCCGUCGAUACCACCGGCUCCCGCGACAGUGUUCUAACCAUGGGCGCAUUGGAACAUGUCCUGGAACGCAACCCCGCUCCUCUUCAGAAAUUCUCUGCCCUCAACGACUUUUCCGGCGAGAAUGUCGCCUUCCUCACCAGCGUCGCCGAAUGGAAGAACUCGCUUCCCAAGGCACUCCGAGACAACACCGUUUCCAUGGACGACAACAUGAAAGAGUUGCUCCACGAACGUUUCAAUCGCGCAUUAAACAUCUACAUCAAGUUCAUCAGUGUUAGUCACGCCGAGUUUCCGGUGAACAUCUCCUCCCAAGAUCUCAGGAAGCUCGAACACAUCUUCGAAGCUCCUGCUCGUGCCCUGUACGGCGAGAAGCGCACUGUCGUCGAUCCUGUCACUCCUUUUGAUACCCCCAGUUUCCCCCUGAAAUCUCUUUCCUCACCCAGCCUUGGAAACGGCUCCCAGGUAGAGCUCCACCCGGUGUCCUCAGACGACCGCGUGCAAUUCUGGGGUGAAGUCCCCGAGGCAUUCGGGCCGACUGUCUUUAACGACGCCGAGAAGAGUAUCAAGUAUCUCGUUCUCACUAAUACAUGGCCCAAGUUUGUUAAGAGUCGCAGAUCCUCUGAUUCCAUUAAGGAGGAGCCUGUUUGA